CUACAACGCACAAUCGCCGCGAGUUUCGAGGCGCACCGUGUUUGACCCAUUCAUCACUCCCUCCAAAUAACGUAAAGUUUUAGCUUCUCCAUUGUUUUGACGCCGUCUCUCUGCUGCUAUGGUUUCUUUGAAGCGUGAAAGAGAGGUGGAUUUAGAUGAUGAUGACAAUGAAGACGGAGUGGCAGCCAAAGUGGGACGAGGACAUGCAGUAGAAGACCGAAGAAGCCGCCACUGUCCUUACCUUGACACCAUAAACAGGAGUGUGCUGGACUUCGACUUUGAGAAACUCUGCUCCAUCUCUCUCUCCCACAUCAAUGUCUACGCCUGCCUUAUAUGUGGGAAAUACUUUCAAGGAAGAGGUCUGAAGUCUCACGCGUACACUCACAGCGUACAGUUUACCCAUCAUGUGUUCCUCAAUCUGCAUACACUCAAGUUUUACUGUCUGCCAGAUAACUAUGAGAUCAUUGAUUCAUCACUAGAAGAUAUCACAUACGUGCUGAAGCCAACUUUCACCAAGCAGCACAUUGCGGGGCUGGACAAGCAGGGUAAACUGUACAGAGCCUAUGACGGUACCACCUACUUACCGGGCAUUGUAGGGCUCAACAACAUCAAAGCCAAUGACUAUGCCAAUGUGGUGUUACAGGCUUUUUCUAAUGUUCCACCUUUGCGAAAUUACUUCCUGGAGGAGGAAAACUACAGAGGAAUCCGCAGGCCCCCGGGAGACAUCAUGUUUCUCUUGGUGCAGAGGUUUGGUGAGCUGAUGCGCAAACUUUGGAAUCCAAGAAACUUUAAGGCCCAUGUGUCGCCCCACGAGAUGUUGCAGGCUGUAGUGUUGUGCAGCAAGAAGAACUUCCAGAUUACAAAGCAAGGUGAUGCUGUGGACUUCAUGACGUGGUUCUUAAAUGCCCUGCAUGGUGCUCUCGGAGGCACAAAGAAGAAGCCAUCAAUCAUUACAAAAGCAUUUCAAGGCUACAUGCGGAUCUUCUCCAAAAAACUCCCACACCCAGAUUUGCCGCCAGAGGAAAAAGAGGCUCUGCUUACAACAGAUGAGUAUCAGGAGCAGAUGUCUGAGUCUUCCUUUCUGUUUCUGACCCUUGACCUCCCAACUGCUCCACUGUACAAGGAUGAAAAAGAGCAGCUUAUAAUCCCUCAGGUCCCUCUCUUUAACAUCCUGGCCAAGUUCAAUGGCAGCACAGAGAAGGAAUACAAAACCUACAAAGAGAAUUUUCUCAAAAGGUUCCAGUUGACCAAACUGCCUCCGUACCUCAUCUUUUGCAUCAAAAGAUUCACCAAGAACAACUUCUUUGUGGAAAAGAACCCCACAAUUGUCAACUUCCCUAUAACAAAUGUAGACCUUCGUGAAUACUUGACAGAAGAAGCUCAAGCCACCGAGAAGAACACGACGUAUGACCUCAUUGCAAAUGUAGUGCAUGAUGGGAAACCCACUGAGGGAGCGUACAGAAUACAUGUUCUGCAUCAUGGAACUGGAAAGUGGUACGAGAUGCAGGACCUGCAGGUGACUGACAUCCUCCCUCAGAUGAUCACACUUUCAGAGGCUUACAUCCAGAUCUGGAAGAGGCAAGAAAGCAAUGAUGGAAGAAACAACCACAUGGGGAUUUAAAGUAUUCCUCAGUGUGUGAAUGACCAGAGGCUUUGUGAUUGUCUUGGACAUAAACUGGGUAUUUAUGUGUUUUAAAACAACAGAAUGUUGAAUGAGAGUGGCAAGAGAGCAUCAGGGCAUCCUUUACAACCACAUGAAGCAAAUGUCUGCUUGUUUUUUUGUUGUUGUUUUUUUUCCCCACAGUUUUAUCUUUUUACUACUUGGAAGUUUCUAAAUAAACCAGGUCCAGUACA